AUGUUAAUCGGUGCCGAAAUAUUUUGGAGACUUAUUUGCGCGGGCCAAAUUAAAUCUGCUAAAGAUCAACCAACUUUGCAGAAGACUCUCUUCGGAUGGAUUCUGUUUGGUCCGACUGUGGAUCACACUAUAUCCUCAUUGAAAUUUUCUCCAGAGCACCAAGCUUGCGAGAACCUAUUCAGAGAUACUGUUAAACGAAACAGCGACGGACGCUUCGUGGUCCAGCUACCAGUCAAGUCUGACAAACUAUCCAAGCUUGGAGAUUACAAGGAAAUAGCCAUUCGACAUAUGCGCGAGGUGACUCAUCCAACUGAGAGCAACAAUAUAUCAUAUUACCUACCGCAUCAUCCCGUUUUUAAGGAAACAAGUACCUCGACCAAACUUAGGGUAGUCUUCGAUGGUUCUUGCAAAACAACCUCAGGGAUCUCAUUGACGCAUUAUUGGUUGGCCCAACACUACAAGAUGAUCUAUUCUCAAUAUUGA